UUCCAUGUCCCUUAAGAUCCUCUUAGAAUAUUUCCAUUCGAAAUCCUACAUUCCAUUGUCCGUUAGCCACUUCGCUCUAUUUUUCUUGUGGACCAUGACGAUCUGUCUAAUAUUCGAUAACCGAAGUUUUGGAUGUCCCUGUUUUUUGUUUAUGGAUUAUCUCAAAAAGAAAAUGGAAUCGGGGGAAGAUGACAAAUCACGAGCAGCCAAAUACAAUUGGUUAUAUCUAAUAAGGUUGUUAGGGGCUCAAUUCUUGGGUUUAUUUUUAACUUUUCUGUGUUUGCGGUUGGCUAACAUAGGUUAUUAUUACGGAAUUCACGAUGCCCAAGCCAUUUUUUCUAGAAAAAUCGUCACCUUCAGUUUAAUAAAAGUGAGGAAGAAAUUCGAUCCAGCGCUGGCUCGCGCCUUGAUAACCGUAAACGCCAUUUGCAGCUCUGAUUUAAAAGUAACGCCGUAUCUAGGAUUCCUCGCCGAAUUUUCGGCUAUGCUUGCAUUGCUCAUCACAAUGUAUAUCGCGGAAAGAUUGAAGGAUAAAUAUUCCUGGCACUUGAUGAAUCGGGACCUACUUGAUUUAGUCUCCAAAUCGCUAGUCGCUACUUGCUUGGUUUGCGUGGGGGCUCCUUUUACUGGCAUGUAUUUCAAUCCAUUACUAGCGUCAGCUCUCACUGUUGGAUGCAAUGGCAGUACCUUUUAUAGAGAUAUUUUUGUUUAUUGGUUAGGACCUCUAAGCGGAGUGUUGCUAUUUUAUUUCCUAAUUCAUCAAGCUUCCUCAAAUUCGAUUAAAAAGAAGAACUAUAAGUCCUGAUUUCUAAGAAAACAUUUAUCCCGGAUAUAUGAAUUUCCAUUCAUAAUAGAGAUGUAUGGUUAUAAAAAAAUAUAUCCCAAUUUGAUGAGCGGGUUUAAAGUUGAUUUUAAAUUUAUAAUACACCAUAUAGAAAUUCAUAGAAUGCUUUAUAUUAUUAAUUGGUGUCUUCAAAAAUUUUGAAAAAAUAGGACUGGGUGACGAUAUAAUGAAUUGACA